UCCCUUCUCUCAACUAUGUAUACGAACAAAACGCACUACCAUCAAAUAGAGCUCAAGAGGAAAGGAUACUGUUUUACUUGCUGUAUAUUCAUCUCCGCGACGUAAGUUCUUUGUCUCCUGUGGGAUGGAGAACAACCAGAAGCCUCAUGUCGUCAUGAUCCCGAGUGCCGGCACCGGCCAUCUCAACCCCAUGAUCGAGCUGGCUAAGACCCUUCUCUCUCUUCACUCUCUCACCGUGUCCUUCCUCACGGUCUCUGGUCACUUCCCCGCCUCUGCAAUCACCAUAUUGUCCGAGUAUUCCAACAAUGUCAAUUGCAUCUCCCUCCCUCCCGUCAACAAUUCCGACAUCUCGCCGAACACUGGGGUCGUCACCGGAAUCUCUGUCUUGACGAAGCGCUCCGUUGAACCCUUGCGAAACUUCCUACCCAAGAUCCAGCCAAUUGCAGCCUUCAUACUCGACAUGUUCUGCACAGACCUACUAGAUGUCGCCACAGAGCUUGAGCUCCCCGUCUACAUCCUCUUCACCUCGAACGCCACAGCGUUGUCUCUCUUUCUAUACACGCCCAUCCUCCACGAGGAGCUUGUUGGAGAGUACAAGGACCUGCAGGACACGGUCAAAAUCCCGGGCUGUCUGCCCUUCCGGGGCACAGAGCUCGUACACCCGAUGCAAGACCGUCAGGAUAUUGAAUACGAGUGGUACCUUCACCAUUGCCGUCGAUACAAGGAGGCAACCGGGAUCAUCAUCAACACCGUCGACGAGCUUGAACCCAACGCAAUCAGCGCAUUGAUGCAAGGUCGCGACAAUGGUGGCAACUUUCCCCCAGUCUACCCUGUUGGUCCGCUUGUCAAGAUACAGGAUGAAGAUAAUAAUAAGGAGAUCAAUGUAGAGGAUUGCUUGAAGUGGUUGGACAUGCAGCCACGAAACUCCGUGUUGUUCGUGUGCAUGGGGAGUGGGGGUACAUUGACGCAGGAGCAAUUAGUAGAGCUCGCUUGGGGGCUAGAAACGAGCGGACAUCGAUUCCUCUGGGUGGUGAAGAAGCCGCACAAUGUCGUCCAUGCUGGCUACUUCGGCCAAGGGGGAACCCAGGCGGACGAUGUGACAAGGUUUCUUCCAGAAGGGUUCGUGAAGAGUAUGGCAGAUGUGGGGAUGGUGGUGCCGGAAUGGGCGCCGCAGGUGAAGGUGUUGAGCCAUGAAGCCAUUGGAGGGUUCCUCUCACACUGUGGCUGGAACUCGACACUGGAGAGCAUCGCACGCGGGGUGCCCAUGAUCGCGUGGCCGCUGUGUGCGGAGCAGAGAAUGAACUCACGGGUGUUGGUGGAGGAGAUGGGAGUAGCAGUGGGUGUGAGUUAUGAGAAGGGGCUGGUUCUGAGAGAGGAGGUGGCUCAGUGGGUGAGUGUGCUGAUGGAUGGGGAGGUGGGGGAGAAGCUAAGGAAGAGAGCAAGGGAGCUGAGCAAGGUAGUGACCAAGGCACUUGCGGACAAGGGCUCGUCUCACCAGCAGAUCGCGCAGCUUGUGAACAACUGGUCCAAGGGAAAGUUAGCGAAUGGUUUGUGACUCAAUUAUUUGCAUCUCGAUUUCGAUAUCAUAGUUUCAGUUUGUGUUGUUGCUUGAGUCUAAUUUGGUUUGGAAUAUUAAGUAAGCACUAAGUGAUGCUAUAGUGUGUGGCUGGAAAAUUGUUGGCUGGUUGUGUUGUGUUGUUGCUUGAGUCUAAUUUGGUUUGUAAGCCUCUUUCCUAGUUCAUUAGUCAAGAACCCUUUUGUUGUCUCGAAGAGUUGUUGUUGAAGAACUGCAUUGUUGGGAUCAGCAAAUUCGAAAUUAAGUUGAU